UGUUGCUCUGUUGUUAUUGCCUAUGCUGCUGUCCAGAGAGGAGCAGAAAGCGGCACACAGCCGAGCUGGAUUAGAUUGGACUCAGACUGUAUGAUGACAUGCUUUGAUAAGAAGACUUCACAGAUGUCACUGGUUAAAACAAACACUGAGAGCCAGAGACGCUGUAUGUUAUGUUAACCUGCCGACGCAACUUCUUCGACAUCGCUUUGUGUGAAGAUAUUCAGUCAGUGCAGUUGGUAGUUGUGAUCAUCUGUCACGGUCCCAUAAUAGUGUGCGAGAGCAGAUAUGGACGUGCAUUUGUGGGAUCAGCUCCAGGCUGGCAGCUCGGAUGUGGAUUGGUGUGAAGGGAAUUAUCUCAUCUAUUCUGGAAUAGCGGAAUUCUAUAACACGAUAAGCAACGUGCUGUUUUUCAUCUUGCCUCCUAUUCUCAUGUGUCUGUUCCGUCAGUAUGCUACGCAUUUCAACAGUGGUAUCUAUCUAAUAUGGACUCUGCUGGUGGUUGUUGGUAUAGGCUCCAGUUAUUUCCAUGCUACGCUGAGCUUCUUGGGCCAGAUGUUGGAUGAGCUAGCCAUAUUGUGGGUGCUUAUGUGUGCUAUCGGCAUGUGGUUUCCCAAGAGAUACCUUCCCAGGAUAUUCCGUAGAGACAGGUCAAGGUUUAAAGUGGUAAUUGGUAUUCUCUCAGGGAUCACCACCUGUCUCGCCUUUAUCAAGCCAGCCAUUAAUUCCAUCUCUCUCAUGACGCUAGGGAUCCCCUGCACUGCUCUUCUCAUAACUGAACUAAAGAGGUGCGAAAACCCACGUGUGUUUAAGCUGGGUCUUCUCUCAGGUCUGUGGUGGACUCUAGCACUGAUGUGCUGGAUUAGUGAUCGUAUUUUCUGUGAGAUGUGGUCAUCUGUCAACUUCCCUUAUCUACACUGUGCUUGGCACAUUCUCAUCUGCCUGGCUUCCUACCUGGGGUGUGUGUGUUUCGCUUAUUUUGACGUAGCAUCAGAGGCUCCUGAGCAGGGCCCCGUAGUAAAAUUCUGGCCCAGUGAGAAAUGGGCUUUUAUUGGGGUGCCAUACGUCACUCUUCUCUGUGUGCAUCGGAAGCCUUCAAUUAAGGUGACAUAAACUGCUCUUCCCAAGGUAUCUGAUUACACCUCAAUGCACUUUGUACUAGACAUUCACAAGGAGAAUCCUGUUUUUGCAUGUGAAUUUGUUUUUGUGUUUGGGUAGAGAUGUUGGUCACAAAAUGAACUUUGAAUUUGCUGUUGAAUGAAUUCAGUAAGGAUUUCAUGCUUUGACAGCUUUAUAUGUUUAAAUAGUAUUUCAAGCACACAAAAUACACACCUUAAUAAGACAAGUAAGUUCUUGUCGGAAUAAGGGACUAUAAAAAUAUUUUGCUUUUUUUUUUUUAAACAGACUUUCACAUAGCAGCAGUUGAACCUGCAUUUAAUACUCGUAUUUAAUUGUACAUUUAACAUUUUGAAAAUCUAAUUUUAACUUCACUUUUAAUAAGGUAGCACAGUCAUAAAGGAGUUGUUACAUAUUAACACAGAAUAUUGACACACAACAGAAGUGCAACUUUACAUAAAAAAAUUAAUUAAAAAAACAGCAAAAUUUAUUUUUGGACACACUUUUUGGUAUACAGGAUCUUCAAAAUUAUCUGUAUUAGGGUUUGCUUAGACAGGCGGCAAAGAUCCUAUCUAUUUUUUACAUUUAUUUAUUUUUGGCAUAUCCAACUCAAAUCCAUUUAGUUGUUUUUAGUCUGAACUGCAAAAGAGAAAAUAACCCCCUGCUUGAAAUCAGAUUUUUACAGAUUAAUUUACAAUUUUCAGUCAUUUUAGUCUGAAUUGUCAGAAUGGAUUUCAGGAUUCCUUUAUUCGGUCUACAGCUGUGUCCGAAUUCCCUAAUUUUGCUCUUUUUUUUUUCCUAUAUUGUGCACUGCAGAAAUGUUAACCAAAAAAAUGUGUUUCAUGUUGUAACAUCUAAAUUAAUGUUUUAUUCAAGACAAAAAAUAUUAUUUAGCAUCACUAAAUCAACCUGAAUACCUGUACAUUAGGUUAUGGGUUAGAUGGAGCAGAAACAGCUCCUCAAGGUUUUGACUGAAUGAAACCGAAUUUAAAAAAUCUGGAAUUGGGUGUGAGUGGACAAAGCUGUGGUGUCUAAAGCACAUUUUCUCUGACUUCCAAAAUAAAUGAAAAACUAAAUUUUUAUUAUGAAUUGACUUUAUAUCAUGGGCAACUCAAGCUAACUAAUGCUUUUUAAAAUUACUUUUUCUUAUCGUUAUACAUUUGAAUUGUGUAAUCUGUUUUUCCUGUUAAUAUUGAGGCUAAUCACCUAACUGCACCUCAACUGCGCCUGAUACUAAGUGUAUGAUGUUAAUAUGUAACAUAUUGAUUCCAAUAACAGCGUAAACUGGAUAUUUUAAACUAGAUAUUCUGAGCCAUGUUUCAUUACUGUGAAAUGGAGUAUAUGACAGAUAUAUUAUCGCAAGAUACCAUAAAAUGGUACACUGCAUGAAUAUUGUUUGGUGAACUGAAUGUAAAGGAAUGCUCCGUUGAAAAUGAUAUGAUUGCCAAAAAGUUACUCUUUCCUCUUUCAAAUGUUUUCAGACAGACAUGUAUAGUGUGUGUGUGUGUGUGUGUGUGUGUGUGUGUGUGUGUAUAUAUAUAUAUAUAUAUAUAUAUAUAUAUAUAUAUA